UGAGAGCGACACGUUGCGGGGGUUAAAGUGGCUGUUGAGAAGGGCGAGGAGGUGGCGAGGCUCGUAAAAAUCAGCACCGGGGGCGCAAGAUCCGGGCAGCGGUAGUGGUGGCGGAGCGGCAAGAGUACUAUGGGAGCGGGGGUAUGGGGGGCGGAGGAGGGCUACAAGCCACGGACCUCCGGCGAAGGCUCGAGUUCCAGUGCACUGGCGGAACUUGUUCGCAGGCUUUUCGGUCCCUAAGGCACGACGGCUAUCAUGCUACCGAGGAGACCGCCGCCUGCGACGACCACGAGGACAGGAGGACUGACCACGAAGCGGUUCUCGCUUCCGGUCAGCCCACCUGCACAGGUUGCCGGCCUUACAGAUGUCAGGAGAGCGAAACGGUUGAGAAAAAGGAGACUCUGAAGCGACGUAUGCCCGAAUCGGAUGGGAUCGGCGCGGUGUACCGGAAGCUGCGGCUUUGUCUGGGCCUGUUCAAGAACGCGAGUAAGAACGACGAAGCGGAAGACGACGAUGAAGAGAAGAGGCAUCGGUUAAGAUGGUGUCGCGGGGACUUCCGACGAAUCGUGGAAAUGGCGGCGAGAGCUUUGCUCUUUGGCAUCGCGCUCCUCGUCACACCAGGACUCUGUCAGCAGGACGCGGUACACAUCACGGCGAUCCUCGGGGAGAGCGUAGUCUUCAACUGUCACGUAGAGUUCCCCGGUGAGCACCCAGUGCCCUACGUUCUCCAAUGGGAGAAGAAGGGGCAGGAGACGCCGAUAUACAUAUGGUACGAGUCGUAUCCGACCCACAGUGGCGAGGGCUACGAGGGCCGCGUUUCGAGGGUGAGCGAGAACUCGCCUUACGGCCAGGCCAGCCUCAAUCUGACGAACAUCCGCGAGAGCGAUCAGGGAUGGUACAAGUGCAAGGUCGUCUUCCUCAACAGGUCGCCCAACAAUCACAAGAACGGUACCUGGUUUCAUCUAGACGUCCACGCACCACCCAGAUUCAGCGUUACGCCGGAAGAAAUGAUAUACGUGAAUCUAGGCGAUGCGAUAAUACUCAACUGCCAGGCUGAGGGUACUCCGACGCCCGAGAUCCUUUGGUACAAGGACGCGAAUCCCGUCGAGCCCAACGGACGAGACGUCGGGAUAUUCAACGACGGCACCGAGCUCCGGCUCUCGACGAUCAAGACCGAGGACAUCGGCGAUUACACGUGCAUCGCCAGGAACGGCGAGGGCCAGAUCAGCCACACCGCGCGUGUCAUUAUCGCGGGUGGUGCCGUAAUUACGUUACCGCCGACGAACCAAACGAAACUGGAAGGCGAGAGAGUGGAAUUUACCUGCGAGGCAAAGGCUCUUCCGGGUAACGUGACGGUGCGUUGGUUUCGCGAAGGCGCUCCCGUUACGGAAGUCUCGGCUAUGGAGACCCGAGUGACCAUCAAGAGGGACAACUCGUUGGUUAUUCAACCCGCCAGCGCCGACGACUCCGGACAGUAUCUGUGCGAAGUCAGCAACGGCAUCGGCGAUCCGCAAACUGCCAGCGCCUAUCUGAACGUCGAGUAUCCGGCGAAAGUCACGUUCACCCCGACUGUCCAGUACCUGCCGUUCCGUAUGGCCGGUGUGGUCCAGUGUCACAUAAAGGCCAAUCCGCCUCUGCAAUACGUGACCUGGACCAAAGACAAACGCCUACUAGAACCUUAUCAGACGAAGGACAUCGUUAUCAUGAACAAUGGCUCCCUGCUGUUUACACGGGUCAAUGAGAAUCACCAAGGCAGAUAUACCUGCACGCCUUAUAACGCCCACGGCACGCAGGGCAGUUCGGGUGUGAUGGAGGUCCUCGUUCGGAACCCGCCAGUCUUCACUGUGGAGCCCGAGCCGGUGUACACGAAAAAGGUCGGCGAGACGGUCGAGAUGCACUGCGAGGCUCAAGAGGCCGAGGGAACGCAGAAACCAACGAUACAGUGGCAUCGGAGGGAUGGUGGCCCCAUCCAACGUAGUCGCGCGAAGACCCUCGGGGGCAAUCUGACGAUAGAAAGCCUUCGGCGCGCGGACUUCGGCUUUUAUCAGUGUGUUGCCAGCAACGAAGUCGCCACCAUCUCAUCCUCGACGCAACUGAUCGUCGAGGGCACGCAACCCCAUGCACCUUACAACGUGUCAGGCACAGCCACGCAAUUCUCGGUAACGCUAACCUGGUUACCAGGCUAUUCCGGCGGUCCUGAUUACAAACAGGAUUAUACUAUCUGGUAUCGGGAAUCAGGAACUUCGGAUUGGAAGACAAUCCCCGUGACCCCGUCGGGCAGCACAACGGUGACGAUCGGCAGUCUCACGCCUAGCACGCUGUACGAGUUCCAGGUAAUCGGAAAGAACGCUCUGGGCGAGGGAAUGCUGAGCAAAGUCAUCACAGUCAGGACGCUCGACAUUCUUGACUAUAAAACUCUCGUAUUACCGACUGAUUCUACAGGAAAUCCCGUUUAUCCGAUGAUCGUACGACCAAAAGGACCAAAGCCAGGACCUCCCCGAAACCUGACGGUGACGGAAGUCAGCAACGGUUUCCUGAUAACCUGGCAACCUCCUGUGGAUCGUAGCCAUCUUAUCCAAUUCUACACUAUCAAGUACAAGACGGACGGACCUUGGAAAACGCUCAACAAGGGCCAAAUACGACCCGAAGAGACCAGUUAUUUAGUGAAGAACCUGGUCGGUGGUAGGACCUACUAUUUCCAAGUGUUCGCCAACGCGGCUACGAAUUACGGUGUGAGCGACCAGGUGAAGUUUCCCGUGCCGGCUCGCGUCAAGCACAAAGCGAUCACCGCGGGCGUUGUGGGCGGCAUCCUCUUCUUUCUCGUCGCCAUCAUUCUCAGUAUAUGCGCGGUGAAGAUAUGCAACAAGCGGAAAAGACGAAAACAGGAGAAAGAACUGCUUUCAGCGUAUAACAUGGUGGCCUGCCGGGUCACCGACGCCAGGAACGGCGCAGGGCAGGGGCCCCAGGGAACAGUGCCUUUGAAAAAACCUAGAAAAAGCCGAGUACCAGGUUUAAAACUCCUGAAGGAGAUUCUGAGCCCGGGCACUCCGGACUCCUGCCGCUGUCGUCCGUUGGGCAAGAUCUCCCGGGCGGCCGACGGACGCUUCGUCGUGGCGGACUCGGUGCUCAGCUCGACCAACAACAGCAUCCUGGACGUUUCCAGCAGCGACGAUGGCGGUUUCCUGCCAAAGCAACGGCUCAAGUCCUCCUGGAGGCGUCCGUUGGUCGGUACCAGCCAGCUCAGCCUGAGAUCCGACGGCAGCGGCGUGUCCAUAGGUCCGUUGCGAUCGACCGGUUACUGUCAUCACGAUCCCGCCACCCUGACGAGGAUACCGCCCGCGAAUGUCUGCACAAUUGUGUCGCCCAGGUUUCUGGCCAGUUCGCCGAGCGGAGCUCCCGUCUGGAACCCUCUGUACUUUAGCGAUCUCAGCUCGGUUAAACAACCAUCCUCCGGCGAACGUUCCUUUCCGACGCCGCCUGGUUACCUUCAGCUGCGCAGCGUGCACCAGCGAUACAGCCAGGAGUUGCCAUCGCUCAGGGCAAUUCACGCUGAGUCCAGGCGAUUCGUGCCGGUUCAACCGCUCGCCACGUCCUCGCCGCCACAACCGGCCGGACGACCGAGAGCAAGGCUGCCGCCGAGGCACGCCAGACAUGCCCGAUCGGCGCCUGAGCUUGCGGCCUCGCCCGAUCUGGAAACCUCGCCCGAGAGCAGAUCCAGCAGCUCGGGUUUUGGCAGCAAGAACACCUCGCAACAAAAUCAGAGUUCAAGGAGUGGCAGCACAGUGGCUGAAUGGCGACCGCCACCCUACCGGCCGCCCCCGCCGCCUCUCGUGGGUCGCUGGCUCGAGCUCCAAGAUCAGCCCAAAGUGGGACAUACGCACAUACAGAACGCCGUGGACGCCGGCAGUGUCGACGGCCAUUACGAGUUCGAUCCGGUAUCGUGCACACCGACGCCCACGUCGGCCUCGACGCCUACGCGCGAGGAGCGGCCACCGAUGCAUCAGAUCCACACCAUCCACGUUCCCCACAUUCAUCAGGUGCACACGGUACAACAUCAUCAGGCGCCAAGGUACAACAGAGACAACAUAGAGGCCAGGGUGCAGGCGAUGAAAGCGGAGUUUCAUCAGUUUCGACAAAGACAGGCGAGAAGAAGGCAAAGCGCGCAUUUGGAAAGUGCGUGUUGAAGAGAACUCUCGAAACUUGACUCGAUCGAUUAAAUGUUCGCAUUCUUUAAGGACGCUGCGUAGUUAUAAGUCUACUGACGAGAGUGAAAAUAUAUUUAAGUCAGAGCAAGAGAAAAUUGCAUGAGAGAUGAGGACACGUUACAGCUAGUUCGACUGAUUACGGUACAGUAAAGUGGUGGUAACAGAAGCGGUUACUACAGAGAGAGAGAGAGAGAGAGAAACAAUUCACGACGUGACGGAACAGCACACACUCGAAGAGCUGGACGAUGAAAACGAAAGAAUCUAAAAGGAUACUGUUUCGUGAUGAGAGAUGAUUCGGUUCUUAUCUUAACGGGGUAGAGAGGACUGCGUUUCGACGUAACGACGACACGAUCAUCACCAAAGACCAACCGCCGCAGCAGCACAACGACGAUCAUCAUCACACGUGAUUUUGCAUUAGAGGAGUUUUAAGUCAAUUCUAGUAGCUGGACAUCCAUCUACAAAAGAAGGCUGUUAUAAACGUCAGCUCAGGAGUAUAUAAGUUUUCGCACAACCACUGAGAUGGAAGCGACGUAGUAGAAAAAAAAAAACAAAAAAAAAAUAAAAAUAAAAAACCGUACGUUAAGACGAUAAUUCUUCGGAGUCUCGCUCGUUUACCGAUUUAGAAGGAUCGUCGAGCAUUCUUCGGGGGAAGCAAUCUCGAUAUCAUUCACCCACGGGGGAUUUACUCGGUGGGAUUUACCCAGCGACGUUCAGCGACAUCGAUCGCGCUAGGGGGAUCUAUAAAUGUAGAAACGAAGCGCGAAAAAAAAACAAAAAAACAAAAAAAAAAACGAAAAAACGUUCGAAUCCGAUUAUUAUUGGUCAUAUCCCGCGUACACCAACCACGCCUACGUCCGGUUUAGAGGACCGUGAUUUUUAACGUUACUACAUAUAAAUAUAUAUAUACAUAUAUAUAUAAUAUAAUGUAGAGGAACAUAAAUAAAGAGUUUACGUGAACGAGUAAUAAGGGAAGGACAAUUUUUUUAACUCAGUGGAACUGUCCUAGAGAAUAGGAAGUGCGCAGAGGAAGAAAACCACUCCCGGCUGGCUCAAAGGGAUGCUAUUAUUACGAUGCUGUCCCGCGUCGCGACCGAAAAACGGGAAAAACGAGAAGAAAAAAGAAAAAAGAAAAAGAAACGUAGGAGGACAUAGUUACGUCGGCAUGAUACUCCAAAGAAACUGUACCACUGUACAUGCUCUUCGUAUAUCUUUAAAGAAAAAAAAAAAGAAAAAACGAACUGUAAGAUUAAAUUUAAUCGUACACUGUAAGUAAUAAUUGAAAAAAAAAAAAAACGAAAGGGAAACUAAAAAAGUAAGAUAAUCGAAGAAUUACCACAUACAUACACACACACACACACAAACACACACACACAUAUACAGAAAGACACAAACACACACAAAAGUAAUUAUAUCGAUGAGCAAUGGACUCGAAACGUGAUAUUAGGCCGAAGCUUGCCUCGAGAUUGCUUAAGGACUCACUCAUACUGCACUGCCUGUUUAGGGUUUCGCUAGCAACCCAACAUAUUAUCGGCACAAUAAUUUUUCUUAAGCAACGUAAAAAAAAAAAAAAAAAAAAAUAAACUCGAGAAUAAGAAUAACGUUCUUUGAAUCUACGCGCGGUCGGCCGGUGCAGAGCGACGGCUGCGCGCGCACGCUUACCACGCGCGCUGCUAUGUUGGCAACACGGUGUGGUCAAAUCACCUAUCGGCACUCCGGGAUCUCUACCGGACGCCCUUUUCGAAUUAGACUAGCAGCGCGAACGUGUUCGAACUUGAAAAAAAAAAAAAAGAAAAGAAAAGAAAAGAAAUCUUGCACGCAAAAGAGAAGAGAAUAAUUUUCUUUUCAACGAACUGCUGAUGAGAGAAGAAUCCAACUGUGCGUUUCAUUUCAUACGAAGACUUUUGUCGUCAAAUAUAAUUAUAAGCAAAACUCUAAAAUAAAUAUAAGUAAAGAUAUAUAAAUAAUUAAGUAGAGAAGGGCGACCGAUAGGAACGCGCGAUCAUCACCGCCGAAAGUGGCGUGCGCGCGUACACACACACACAUGCGCCGAUUACGCCGGAGUUCGUAUAUUAGAGAGAAAACGAAUAAGACACACGCGACACACGCGCAAGGAUACACAAUCCUAAUACAAUUGACACGUUAAACACAUACACACACACAUACACACAUAUACACAUAUACGAAAGAGGCGUUCUUCGAGACCCACCUAAUUCUCAUCAAACGCAUCAGAUCAUCUCGAAUCUCGUGAGAUCGGGGGCCGGCGUUCGCCGAUCGCGGGAGUUUUCGGACAAAUCUACGGGCUAAUCAGUGUCGAGCCGCGCGACCUAACGACGACGUAAAAAACGUCUCUCUCCCCGGCGAGACGGGGAUCCGGCGGCGCGCUCGUUCCUCUUCUUACCCUUUUUUUCUAAUUUUCUCUACACGCGCGAUCUGGAGACUCUCUCCCCUCCCCAAAUGUGAAAAUCGCGAUCGGUUCCCGGCCCGCGGCCUCCGAGGCGUUUUACUUUCUUUAUAGUACAAACACUUAUUUAUAUAUAUAUAUAUAUAUAUACAUAUAUAUAUAUGUACGUAUUAUACAUAUUUAUUAUAAAUAUUAGCAAGGGCCCUACACUCACGAUUCAACUAUACUUCGACGAACCGUAAUGUCGAGGAGAGAAAAAACAAACAGAGGAAGACGAAUAUAAAAAUAAAAAUAAAAAAAAAAAGAAUUUGGCGUGGACGCCGUAACGAGGCGGGACGCUCUGUACAAUUUCGUUAAAAUACGCAUAUGUGCGUGUAUGUGUGCGUGCGUACGACGUGCGAAUGUGCGGAAUGAGACGAGGACGAGCGAAGAGACUGCGAGCGAGAAUGUAAACACGGAAUGUGAGUAAGAGUGCGGUUGUUGAGACAAAAAAAAAAAAAAAAAAACGUAAAACUAAAUGUUAA